UAACUUUGAUCUCAUUUGAACCGUUAGGAUAACUCGGAGCUCGAGGAGCGUCGGCGCUCGUCUUCGCAUGAAACGUAUCUACACCAGCUAUAUAGCUGGUGUGUGGUACACCAGCCAAUCCGCUUCGACAUACAUGACGUUGGGCCCACAGUGCCCCAAGCAUCCACACACCACCGCUGGGGGUGGUAUUCAACAGCACCUAAUCCGCGUCCGUAGCGGGCUCUCGCUAGCCACCCUCCACACUAUCAAAAACAACCAACCCCACCUCUUUUUACACCCUUUCUACCAAAUUCUACUCUCUCAAAACCAUCCCACGUCAAAAAAAAAAAAAAAAAAACCAAUGUCUCUUGCACUCUUCCUCCUUGCCACCACCACCCUCUUCUCUCCUCUUUCCCUCUCCAUCUCCAUCUCAAAUCCUCUCCUCACUCCCAUCACAAAGGACCAUUCCACCCUCCAAUACACUACCACUAUUUACCAAAACACCCGUCUCAAACCCUCAAAAUUCGUCAUAGACCUUGGCUUCUCUUUCUCAUGGAUAGAUUGCCAAAAAACGUACAAAUCCUCCUCAUACAUUCCCAUCCCAUGCAACACCACUCUCUGUCCCACAUCAUCGAAUCCUGGCUGCACUACCGACACCUGUUCUCUCUUCCCCGAGAACUCGUUCACACGUCUCGUUAUGAGAGCGGAUGCAAUCAUUGACACAAUCGCACUCCCUGUAACAAACGGCUUUAAUCCAGGACCACUAAUCCCGCUCACCCAGUUUGUUUUCUCAUGCGCGCGCACCGUCCUUCUUAAAGGCCUAGCUAAGGGUGCAUCAGGUGUCAUGGCAUUUGGAAGGUCGAACUAUUCACUCCCGGCGCAAGUUAGCGCAAUCUUGUCAUUACCUGAUAUAUUCGUUAUGUGUCUGUCCGGGUCUCCCUCAGCACCAGGCGUUGCAUUCUUCGGUACUAGUGGGCCCUACAUCUUCCUCCCCAAAACUGACGUCUCCAAGUUCCUUAACUACACACCACUAAUCCUCAACCCAGUGGCUACUACCAAUAUCACAUACUCUCACCCGUCCGAUGAGUACUUCAUCGGUGUCACUUCGAUCAAGAUCAACGGUAAGCACGUGCCCAUCAACUCAAACUUACUGACCAUCGAUCAUGAGGGAAUAGGUGGGACCAAGAUCAUCACUGUGGCCCCUUAUACUAUAAUGGAGAGAUCCAUCUACGAGGCCUUCACUGAGGCUUUCACGCAAGCUGCUAAAUCCAUGAAUAUCACUAUAGCAAAGUCCGUGAAACCAUUCAAAGCGUGUUUUCUCUAUAGCACUAUCCCAAGCACGCGAGUGGGCCCCGCCGUGCCGAUUGUCGAUCUCGUCUUACAUGAGGACGACGUGAUCUGGAGGGUAUUCGGGGCGAAUUCGAUUGUUUCGGUGGAUGAAGAUGUUCUGUGCCUGGCAUUUGUGGAUGGAGGUUUGAAACCGAGAACUUCAAUAGUUUUAGGAGGAUAUCAGAUGGAAGAUAAUCUUCUGCAAUUCGAUUUGAGUAAAAAACGGAUUGGAUUCAGUUCUUCUCUUCUGUUGAGGGAAACUACAUGUGCUAACUUCAAUUUCACUUCCAACGCAUGAGCUGCAUUUUGACACCUG